AUGUGGCAAUUCGUUUUGCUUUUCAUGUUCAAUCCAGAUCAAGCAAAUAUGGGAUCUAAGAUUAAUUUCAUAUUCGCUGCUUGUUGCUUUAUUAGUAUAUUCUGCUUUUAUUUUUAUUUACCAGAAACUGCGAACAGGUCUUUUGAUGAAAUUGAUGAAAUGUAUAUAAAGAAGGUCCCAGCCAGGAAGUUUAGGAAUUUUAUUUCAGAUACGCAAAUUAAAGCUAGUGACAAAAUGAUGAGAAAAACGGACUCGAAGUUGAACACAUUGAAGCUUGAUAUUGUACUUAGAAUCUAG